UCUAGAUGUGGGCCAACCAGCCGAGUAUUAGUAUAAAAUAUAGAUGAUGAACUGGGUCUAAUUAUCUUCCAUUAAUGUUUUUUUUUUACAAUGAGUUCUGUGCUCAACAACAGUGAAAAUGGCGAACCCCCAAUAACCCCUCUUGACCAAAACGCCAACAAAAGAAAAUGAUGGCAGCAGUUGCUUGGAGGUCUUUAUUGCCUGUAAUAAUGAUCUCUAUUUUCAUGGUAUACGAAGAGUGGGUCUCAUUCCCUUCUUGCAAACUCCUCCCAAGCACCACCUACAGUCCCGACAAACAUGUCGAGAACGUAGAUGAUUCGCUGGAGGAUCUUAAGGUUAUGAUGGUUGCCAACUUGCUCUUGCUUGGCUCUGAAGCUGGUUUUGUCAACCUCUAUUUCAGAGACUAUUACAUGUCCAAGUUUUUCAAGAAAUCUUUUCAGAGUUUGAACCCUGAUAUGCUACUAGUCUUAGGUGAUGUUUCUGCGAAAGGGUCAGAGUUGUCGAGAACUAAAUGGUUAUCGGUGCUUGAUCAGUUUGAUAACAUGUUGGGUCCAUUUCUUGAUCUUCCUUUACAUGUUAUUCUUGGUGAUAGGGAUGUUGGAGAGUGUAGUGGUCUUUGUGCAAACUCUGUUACUUGGAUAGCUAGGAAUUUUCCGGGGUUGGAUUCAUCGGGAUGUGGUGCUUUCGAAAUUAGCAAUAUCAGCUUUGUUUCACUUAACGCUGUUGCGUUGCUUUGUGGUAACAAUAAACUCCGUUUUGAUGUUGAGAAGGUUAUAGAAAGGGAAAGUGUGGGUCGACAAAUGGAAAUAGAAGGCAUGGAUGAAGCAAACAAUGGGUUUGGCAUGUUUAGCGAAAUGUCCAAUGACUUCAGGUGGAGAGUAAAUGCUAUGAAAUCCGGUUCUGGUCCUGUCCUAUUACUUCAUUUUCCCUUGUAUCGGUCGGGGAAGACCCAUAUAUGGGAAGGUAGUACUUUCAAGUCUAUCAUUGAUCCAUCGGGCAAAGUUCCAGCUUCAGCACAGCGCGAAGGCUUUUCUGGGACCGGCCCUUAUGAUCUAUCACAGACUGUCCCACCAAAUGCUACUGAAUACAUUUUUCAUGCUCUUAAACCUAGGAUUAUUUUUAGUGCUCACACACAAGAAUUUAGUGACCACACUCACCCAGAUGGGACUCGAGAGGUAACAAUUCCAGCCAUGACAUGGAAAGUGAGGGAUGAUCCAGGUUUUAUUGUUGCAACCUUCCAAAGGAACAAAAGUGCAGUCAUGAGCCUCUUUAGCUUCCCUGUGAGCGGCAAGUCCAGACGACCUCUCUCGUCAGUUUGAACAACUUUUGUAACAGCAUCCGAUCUGUUUCUUUAACUCUUUUAAGUUUUUACUGCUGCUCAGUGCUCCUUUGUACUUUGUCGAGAAAAUGAAAGCUAUUAUAUUGUAGUUUGGUUAAAAAGAAAGAAGAACGCUAUUAAUUUAGACCCAUGUUCUUCUGUUGUUUGGAAGUUUAGAUAUAUGGAUAAAAUUAAUUGGGUUUAGACGUUU